AUGGGACCGGAGAAAGCGAAAAACGGAAAUCAUGGAGAAAAAAGCAAGAGCAAAGCGGUCUCCCACGUGGCGGACCCCCCGAGGAGGGUGGGAGAACAUCCCCCCAAGAAAGGGGAAUUGAAAAAGACGGUGCCAAAGAAAAACAUCCUGAGUGAUUACAAAGUAAACAAAAAGGUGCUCCCGUCGAGCAAGAAGUUAACCAAGAAUGCGGACUCCUCCGAUAGGGAAGAGGCACCCAGUGAAGACAAUGAACAGAGUGACCUUAGCAUGAGUGUUGGGCGGGGCGGAGGCACUCGAUCGAGAAGAGAUACAACCGCCGCAACGGGCGCAGCAGCGGCAACCGGAGCAACCGCUCAACCCUCCGACACGACAGUAGAAAACCCCCCCAGUGACAUAAAAAUUUUAGUGACGAGCGAUGAGCCUCUGCACACGCUGCCAUCUGGAGCCGUGGGGAGGAGAGCUCCGCUGAAUCCGUUUUCAUCCCCCAUUCUUGGAAAGUACCGGAGGAAAAACAGAAACGCCAAAAUGAAAGUAAAAGACCCAAGGCUUAAUAACAACCCCCUGGUUGGAAGAUUAAUUGUCUGUAUAUCCUCUACGGCGAUACUCUUCUGGGUCUUCUUCGCAGAGAUGAUAUUUAAUUACAACACGUUUAAUGGGAGGUGCAUUUCGAAGGUACUAUACCCUAUUUACACCGAGACGGUGGUGAAGAAGAGGGAACCUUUUUUUGUUUUCCUUGGUUAUGGAGCAUGUGAAUACAACUUAGAAGAGUCCGCAUCGGAUCGACAUUUUAUUGGAACCAGUGCAUCGGACAAAGGUUGGCCGACAAACAAAGUGGAAGAUAAUCCAGAUGGAAGAGGAGAGUCCAAUUGGGACAGCGUAAAUACACGUGUAUAUAAUCAGUUAGGAGGACUGAACACAAAUUACAUACGAAACUAUGGAGAGUUGUAUCGUCUCUUUUGGUCUGUUUAUCUCCAUGGUGGAUUCAUGCAUAUCAUAUUUAACGUCAUAUGUCAGAUACAGAUUCUUUGGAUGAUUGAACCUGAUUGGGGGUUCCUACGGACUCUGCUCCUUUUCUUUAUCUCCGGAGUGACAGGAAAUUUAUUGUCUGCUGUUUGUGACCCAUGUGGUGUCACCAUCGGGUCAUCCGGUUCCUUGUAUGGUUUGAUAGGAGCUCUCUUCACUUACUGCAUUGAAUACUGGAAGACGAUUCCGAGACCUUGCUGUGUCUUAAUAUUCAUGGUGGUUGUGAUUAUCUUUGGCAUUUUCAUCGGCAUGUUCGGAUACACAGAUAAUUACGCUCAUAUGGGUGGCUGUCUCGGGGGGAUACUCUAUGGUUUUGCUACUAUCACAACUGUUUCUGCAGCGGAUAAAUGCACUUUGGGAGAACGCAUGUUAACUUCUCCUCCAUUCUCAUGGUUCUUGUCCAAUGAGACGAAGGAGCUGAUUAACGCCAAAGCGAGGGAAAAGAAGAUACGAGGAGAAAACUACCGAAAGAAACAGAUUGCUAAUAAGGUACACAAGGAGGACCCUUUCCAUGUCAUGAUGUCUCUUAUGAAGAACCGAAUCAAUGAGGAAGGAAGACCACCAUGCAAAAUGAAACUACGCGAAUGGAUCGUCCGGAUCACUGCCGCCUCUGCGCUUAUCAUCCUCUGGAUCGUCCUGUUCGUUUACCUCCUGAAUGAGACCGCCUACAGGUCCUACACCCCCAUGGGUCAAAUCAAAUUUACCGGUGUCCAUACCUGCUUCUGCUGUGAGGUCAGCAAAGAGAAGUUCCCCUUUGUCAGUGUUGACAACCUCUACUGGUGUUUCACCAACGAGGAGGCUACGAAGUAUUACUGCGGCAAGUGA